AUGUCCUUGACUCAUCUUCCUCCCGAGAUUAUUGACCAGGUGCUUUCCGAUAAGGACCUUCGAACGCAUGACCUCGCCAGAAUUGCACGAGUAAAUAAAAGUAUCUAUGCUCUCGUGUUAACCAGGAUCUACAGGGAUGUGACGCUCUACAGCUCCGGAGAGUACCGAGGUCAGGAGAUCCUCGAUUUGUUUCACCGGACUCUGAUUGCAACUCCGCGGCUAGCAACCAUUACCCAAUCUCUAACCGUUAGCGCUUUUCUCCCCAAUGAUGCUAAAAUUCACCAAUCACGGCAAACUCUGGCGAAACUCACUGGCCUUCGAAAUCUGUCGCUGGAUUUUUGGGAAAAGGGGACGGGAUAUAUCGCAAAUCUCAUCGAAAAGAUCAUGCCAACAGAACCUGACACGGGUGCUACUACACUUGUUAAACUCCAGAACAUAACAAUUACCGACCCGGGACUAAGCUUCCGCGAAAUCUCAAAGCUUGUCUCCUUUCCCAGUCUAGAGCGACUGGCCGUGAAAUGCCAUCGACAACAAGAGACUUCCGGAUGUGACGCCUUACCGUCCACAUCAAGGCACCCCUAUUCAAGUUCUCUCAAGAAACUCACUUUGACAAUCUCCACGAACUGCAAUCAUGAAUUGCGACAAGUCCUAUCAGCUUGCUCGGCUCUAGAGAGUUUUAUCUGCAAUAUAUCUCCCAUGCAAAACUUCAACGACGACCCAGUAUCAUCUGCUGAUUUAUCACAGGCUCUGAUGUCCUGUCAACAAACACUUAUCACAAUGGAGUUUAACAGCACAUUGGGCAAUAUCGAAUCCGAACGAUCGUUAGAACUGAGCCAAUUUAAGAACGUGAGAUCUCUGAAGGCUAGCAGCCUUUUACUCUUUGAAGAGGAUGAGCAAGACGAUCCGGCCCUUCGAAACGGUCUCUAUACCCGUCUACCACCCUCACUAGAAAGCCUAGAGGUAUGA